ACGAAGAUGCUUAUUUUGUCAUUUGGUUAUCCUUCAGUAAAACAUAAAUCUCUGUGUAAUCUACCCAAUUUCGCAUCUACUCUGAUCAAAGUUCUCCAUUAUUCUUCUACCAAAAAACAUCAUCCAGAACGCUUGCUUUCAGAUAAACUUGUCUCAUACUUAGAAGGAGAAUCCUGUAAAGAUAUAAAUUCUCUGAAAAAAGUUCAUGCUCACAUUAUAACUUCAGGUUUAAAAAACCAUGUCUUCUUGAGUUCUAAACUAUUAGUUUGUUAUGCAAAGUUUGAUAACUUAACUGAAUCAAAAAGGGUUUUCAACACAAUUGCAAACAAAAGCCAAUCUCUUUGGAAUUCAACCUUAGUUGGGUAUUUCAGAACUGGUCAUCAUAAUGAAGUUUUGAAGUUGUAUUGUGAUUUCAAGAAACAUUCUAGUAUAGAUGGUUCAUCAAUCACAUUUGGUUUGAAAACUUGUAUUGUGAUUGGAUCAUUACAAUUUGGUAGAGGGAUUCAUGUGGAUGCUGUGAAAUAUAAUUUACAAAGAAAUGGAUUUGUGGGUUCUACACUGAUUGGGUUUUACUCAAAGUAUGGAUGUAUUACGGAUGCGAGACAAGUGUUUGAUGAAAUAUCUGAAAGAGAUGUUGUUGUUUAUACAGCAAUGGUUACUGGGUAUGCUGCACAAGUUUCUGAUAGUUAUUAUGGUUAUGAAGCUUUUGAAGUUGCUAGACUUAUGCAGAAAGAAGAUGGGUUGGAUCCUAACAAGGUGACUUUGGUUAGUUUGCUGCAAGCUGCGGCUAAUGUAGAAGCGUACAAAGAGGGUCGAGCGGUUCAUGGGUAUGCUAUUAGAAGGAAAAUUGAUUCUUUUGAUGAGAUACUUGAGACUAGUCUUAUGGACAUGUAUAGUAAAUGCAGAGAUUUGAAAAUGUCGCCAUCCGUGUUUAAUAGAAUGAAUAAGAGAUGUGUUGGUUCCUGGAAUGUGUUGAUUGCUGCUCAUGUUCAAAUGGGUCAACUGUUGGAAGCUUUCGAGCUGUUUCAGACGAUGUCGAAGGAGGAUAUAUUGCCUGAUAGGAUCACCCUUGCGAACUUGCUUUCGAGUUGUGGUGAUAUGAAGUUCCUCCGUCAAGGCAAAAGCAUCCAUGCAUAUAUAAUCCGAAGAGAAGUUCAACUGGAUUUAGUUGCAACCACUGCAUUGAUUGAAAUGUAUUCCAAGUGCAAUAGAACAAACCAGGGAAGGAUACUGUUUGAUGAGAUUGAAGCACAGGACGUAAUUAUGUUUAAUGUGAUGGUUUCAGGGUAUCUCCAAGCUGGGUUUACUGACAAAGCUUUAGAAACAAUCUGUGGGAUGAUUAAAGCAGGUAUAAAACCUGACACUGCGACCAUUCUUAAUCUUCUUUCUCUGUCUGCGGACCUUAGAGAAAUCAGAAUCGGCAAGGAAGUCCAUGCUUACAUAGUUAGGCGAGGGAUGGGAUCAAAUGUCGAUAUAGCAAAUCAGCUUCUUUCCAUGUACGCGAAAUUCGGGCUAAUUGAGAUUGCUAGGAAAAUCUUCAACAGGAUAACAAGGAGAGACUUGAUUUCAUGGACGUCGAUGAUUACGAGUUACGCACAAAAUGCGUAUGCCAGCGAUGCACUGAUGUUAUUCCGGUUAAUGCAAGAAGAAAAACUCCAGCCUGAUUUAGUCACCUUAGUAAGUUUGCUCCAGGCCAUUUCACGGCUUGGUUGUUUAUUGCUAGCAAAAGAGGUUCAUGGGCACAUAUACAGGAAUCUAUUGGACAAAGAACUACUGAUCAUUAAUUCCCUGUUAACAACUUAUGCAAAAUGCGGAGGCAUAGAUUUUGCUGAAUACUUGUUCAAGUCUAUAGUAAAGAAGAGUCAAAUUUCAUGGAACACCAUGAUUUCUGCUUUUGGGAUGCAUGGUAAAUGUUUAGAAGCACUUGACCUGUUUAAUCAGAUGUUGAAGGAAGGUUUUCAACCGGAUGAUAUAACGUUCACCUCAAUCCUCUCUGCUUGCAGUCAUGGAGGAUAUGUGGAAGAAGGAUGGCUUAUUUUUCAGUCCAUGGCAGAGAAACAUUCUGUUACUCCAAAUACAGAACACUAUAGUUGCGCUAUUGAUUUAUUAAGUCGGUCAGGUCGGCUCGAAGAAGCUUAUGGUCUUGUUCAGCAUUUGCCUCCUAGAGAAAGAACUUCUGCAUUGGAUGCUUUACUAUCUUCUUGCAGAAUUUACGGAAAUGUGGAGGUCGGUGACAUUGUUGGGAGGGAACUACUGGAUUUAGAUCCUAAUAACUCAGCUACGUACGUUCUGUUGGCAAAUUUAUACGCAGAAGCUGGUGAAUGGGGUGCAGCAGCCAGAAUUAGAGAGAUUGCAAAAGCAAAAUCUUUGGUCCGACAACCUGGUUAUAGUAUGAAUGUAUGAUAGAGUCUGAAUCUGUUCAAUUAAAUGGUCUACAGAUCCCACUGAGGGGAGUAACGAGUAAAAUGGCCGAGAAGCAUGUCACGUCCUUUGCAAAGUUGACACACUCUUCGACAUCAGCAACUCGGUUGCAGGUUACUUGCAGAGACUUGAAAUUCUAGGAAGUAAUCGCAAGUCUCUAACUUCCUUGAGGAGGAACAUGCCACCAUCAGAGUGGGGAGUGGCUGGAAAACUACCUGCUGCAAAGAUUAAUUAUGGAGAAGCGAUGGUUGUAGCUGAUACAAUGCCAAGUCUUUGCCGUCUCGAGCUUGUUUAUGGUUGAUUUGGUGAUCUUCUGGACAUUUUACGGGCAACCCCGGUUAUAUAAAACUCAUCUUGUAUAUAAACCCCUUGGUUUGCUCUCUCAGUUUGAAACGUUUUGAGUUGGAUUCUACCUUCCUUGAUUAACUAUUUUUGGUGAUGGAGCACAAAAGGUAUCGUGUUGCUGCAGCAAAGCCUAAUUCCAUACAAGAAGAAGAGCAGUCUUCAGGCCAUGUCGAUCUCAAGUCUUCCAGAAGAGAUUAGAGAUGAGAUCUUUAUGAAAUUACCGCUUAAUUCCAUGUCAAUCUGCAGGUGCGUGUGCUGGAUCUGGUGUACCAAACUUUCUGAGCCUAGAUUUACAAACAAGUGGCUCGGUAGACUUCCACAAAAGGCUACAUCGAAAGGUUACCAAUGAAAUCCAGGGUAAGGUUUAGGAGCGUGUGCAAGACCUGGCGUAAUAUAUUUGAUUGCCUCGUUAAGAAUCAACGUAGAUUUUACUACUUUUGUGCAUAGCUUUGGGUGAUCCUUCAUAAUUUAUCGAUUUUCAGUUCGAGAGGUUUGCUUGAUA